AUGGAUAGAAAUUUCCAGCAAAGGCCACGAAAGCCAAGUGUUGAUUUUAGUACAAUAACUACUAUUACGACAAGCACGAAAGAUCAAUCACAAGAUAGUGAUUUUUUCUCACAGCGACAGAGCUCACUCAAUAUUUCAUAUCAGCAUGAAGAAGAUUUUGCUAAAAGGACAUCAUGCCAUGGUAUUAGUCACGUCUUUGAUGAUGAGACCCCAAAACUACGUCGUUUAAGUUGGGUAUUUCUUACUCUUGCUAUGGCUACAAUUUGCAUUAUUCAAUGCGCCGAUCGAAUGAUCUAUUUAAUCAGUAAUCCAACUAAAAUUGUCAUUAAAAAUGAGAUACCACCGCGGAUACGAUUUCCUACCGUUACUAUUUGUAACUUUAAUCGAUUUCGUAAUUCUACUAUUAAUGAAAGCAAUCAUUAUCGUCUACAAUAUUUGUUGCGCUUAAUGAAUGCACCACAAGCACCAUCUAAAAGGAGUGAAUUUAGUUUCAGAAACGACCUCGUCAAUUAUUCUCGCAAUACUAACGAUGAUUUAGAUUUAUUAUCAAAGGUUGGCAUACAGCGCCAAAUUUUGAUUCGAUAUUGUAACUGGGAUAAUCAACCUCAUUCAUGUUCUGCUGAAAACUUUACUCUAACUUAUACAAAAUAUGGCAACUGCUUCCUUUUUAAUGGACAAUCGGCUGAUAAUGAAGCAUUAUAUCAGAAACGAAUUGGCAGAUCUCAUGGUCUACGUCUGGCUUUCAAUGUUGAGGCCGAUCAAUAUACAACAAUGAAUCCAGAGCCAGAUGUUGGGAUAAAGUUUCGUAUUCACGAGCCUGAUGAGCCAGCCGAUAUUGAGGCUCAAGGAGUUGCAAUACCACCAGGGUAUCAUGCUUAUGUUCGUUUAAAAUAUAAUGAGGCUGCUAUAAUAUCCUGA